GAUACCUCUACUACUUCGAGCAACUUCGAGUAAUGAAUGGUGGAAUGGGAUUAGCAUUGAGUAUCAAGUGCAAAUUUGAAGUAGGACACGUGUCGUCACAUUACUGGCCGAAUAGUACUAGUAUAAGAUUUCGUCGUAUGUCGUAUAUUGUAAUUAUUUUCAGUAGAUACUUCGUUUGUUGUGGGUGUCGUUUGUAAUAGUGUCAUUCAGAUUAUAUUAAUGAAAUGAGUGACCUGGGCGACUGGUUUAAGGGAAUACCAUUUUUCACACGAUGGUGGCUUGCACUCACUGUAGGAUUUACGCUCUUUGGUCGUUUUGGAAUAUUCAAAAGCCAUCAAUUAGUACUCCUCUAUGAGCCUUUUAUAAAGCAGUUUCAGAUAUGGAGACCAGUAACUGCUCUUUUCUAUUACCCACUGACACCAUACACAGGAUUCACUUUCCUGAUAAACUGCUACUUUUUAUACAACUACUCACAGAGGCUUGAAAGAGGAAUGUUUGAUGGUCGACCUGGAGAUUAUUUCUUUAUGUUGCUCUUCAACUGGGCAUGUUGCGUUAUUGUUGGUUUAAUUGCCGAUAUACCACUUCUUAUGAUUCCAAUGGUGCUCAGUGUACUUUAUGUAUGGUGUCAACUGAAUAAGGAUGUCAUUGUCAACUUCUGGUUUGGGACCCAGUUCAAAGCAAUGUAUCUUCCAUGGGUCCUGUUUGCAUUCAAUUUUAUAAUUUCUGGAGGCGGAAUCUUGGAGUUAGUGGGGAUAUUGGUUGGACAUCUGUACUUUUUCCUAAUGUUCAAAUACCCUCUGGAAUUGGGUGGACCAGCUUUACUGAGCACACCAUCUAUAAUAUACAGCUUUUUUCCCAGUGACCCAAGGGGUGGCAUUCAUGGUUUUGGGCAGGCACCUGCUUCACGGCGUCCAGCUAAUGAUGGUGGAGGAAGGGGUGGUGGUGGGAGGCACAACUGGGGGAGGGGCCAUGUUCUUGGUGACAAUUGAACAGUGAUGGAAUGCAGAAUUUUUUGGCAGUAGUUUGGCUCCACUUUUCUAUGUUGACUUUCAACAAAAGUGCUUAUAAUUUAAUUAUAUUAUUAGGAAAGUAUCCAUUUUCCCGUAAAUGUAACUCAUCCUUGUGGUGAAUUAUAUUUGUAAGAGCUUCACUGACUUCUGUUAAGACUUCAGGUUCUCUUUUGAACUGGUGUGUAGGCAGAUAAUUGUGCCUGACUGAAAUGUGUCGCCAAAGAUUUCUAAAUUUACAAGAUUACUAGGCACAGAGAUAACUUUACCUUACCUUUUACUGUACAGAUUUCAAAAUCAGUAACAUGCACUGUCAGUGGCAUAAUGUUGAAGCAAGGAUGAAGAAACAGUGUGCAAAGCCAUGUAACAAUUGCUGUAAAAGUGGUUGAGGGAAAGCAACCUGUGCAGAAAACAACCAUGACAUUUUAAGGCAGUGUAAUGAUGAAGGAAGCUCUAAUUCUCACCAAUGUACUUGAUCUCUGUGAUGAACAGUCAUUCAAUCAUUUCUUGUUUUAAAAUGUCGACUGAAAUAUACA